GAUUCAGAGCCAAUAUAUAUAUAGCAAUGGCUGCUGCACCUGCACGCAUCUUCUCCUUCUCCGUGGCGCCUCUUCUCCUUUCAGCUUCGUCGGCAGCCGAAAACGGCCGACAAGGCCUCCGUGGCGGCCCCAUCCGCUCUUCGCCCAGUGAAUUUGACCUCCACGAGGGCCUGACGAACGUACAAAAGAUUCUUCAUCCACAUCGGAAGAGCGGCCGGGAGAUGCUGGCCACCGUGGACAACCUCAAGCGCCUCUGCAUCGACCACUACUUCGAGGAAGAGAACGAGAUCGCCAUCAUGGACGCGUGCAUGGAUCUCGUCCACAGCGAUGAUCUCUUCGAUCCAACCCUUGCAUUCAGGCUCAUGAGAGAGGCCGGCCAUGAUGUUUCAGCAGAUGACAUUCUUCGGAAGUUCACUGACGGCGCCGGCGAGUUCAGGCUUGAUCUCAGCAAGGACAUCAGGGGGCUCCUGAGCUUGCAUGACCUGUCACACUUGAACAUGGGAGAAGAAACAUUACUCGACAAAGCAAAGGAGUUCUCAAGCAAGCACCUUGCAUCUGCAAUCAGGUACCUGGAGCCAGGCCUUGCAAGGUAUGUGAGGCAGUCCCUGGACCACCCCUACCACCUGAGCCUGAUGCAGUACAAGGCCAGGCACCACCUCAGCUACCUGCAGAGCCUGCCCACCAGGAACACUGCAAUGGAGGAGCUAGCAGUUGCAGAGUUCCAGCUCAAUAAACUGCUGCAUCAGAAAGAAAUGCAAGAGAUUAAAAGAUGGUGGAUGGACCUAGGAUUGGCUCAAGAAAUACCGGUGGCCCGGGACCAGGUGCUGAAAUGGUACAUGUCGUCCAUGACAAUCCUCCAGGGACCUUCCUUCUCCAGAUACAGGGUUGAGAUCACAAAGAUAAUCUCGUUUAUCUAUGUUGUGGAUGACAUCUUUGAUCUUGUCGGCACACAAGAGGAGCUCUCCCUCUUCACCGAGGCAAUCAAAAUGUGGGAUACUGCAGCUGCUGAUUCACUCCCCAGUUGCAUGAGAUCAUGCUACAAGGCUCUUUACACCGUUACAAAUGAGAUCGCAGAUAUGGUUGAAAAGGAGCAUGGAUUAUUGAACCCUAUCAAUCAUCUAAAGAGAGCUUGGUCAGUGCUGUUCGAUGGAUUCAUGGUUGAGGCAAAAUGGCUUGCAACCGAUCAGGCUCCUGCCGCAGACGACUACCUGAAAAAUGGUGUUGUCACUUCAGGAGUGCCACUUGUAUUUGCACACAUUUUCUUCCUGCUAGGGCCUGAUGACGCAGAAAGUGAUGCUGCUGCAAAACUCACCGACCACAUCCCUCCCGCCAUCUCCUGCCCGGCCAAAAUCCUGAGACUUUGGGAUGACAUGGGCAGUGCCAAGGACGAGGCGCAGGAAGGAUUGGAUGGAUCAUACAGGGACUUCUUCUUGAUGGAGAACCCUAGUUGCGCGCCCAUGGACGCGGAAGAACACAUGCAUAGCUUGAUCGCGAGGGAGUGGGAGGAGCUCAACAGGGAUUGCUUCUCCAGGAGGACCUUCUCCUGCAGCUUCACGCGGGCCUCUUUGAACGCCGCCAGGAUGGUCAGCGUCAUGUACACGUACGACAAGCAGCAGCGGCUCCUUGUCCUCGAGGACUACACGAGGAUGUUGCUGCUUUGAAACGCUACUCUUCGGUUGAUGUUGUUAGCGAUUGAGUUGUAAACGUGUUUGAGUCUUGGUACAGAGAUUGAUUCGGUAUAGCCAAAUGUAAUCGUGUAUUGUUCAAACUGUAUAACUUUUAUCUUUAACUAGUUCGAUACACAUACUUCGUAGGUAGUAACGCGGUAGCGUAUGGGGAAGUGGGCCCACACGGGAGUGCGGGAGCACACGCAGCAGUGAGUGGCAGCACGCGGGAGCAA